CUCUACUAAUUAAAGUGAAUUUAGUUAUUUCUUCAAUCACCACCACUCAUAGCAACAAUUUUACAUUAUUAACGUGCAAUGGACUCUGGUCUUUGCUUAGUCUCUGGACUGAAAAACCAAGAUGUCCAAACUCGUCUCUUCGACCCAUCUUGGCUACAGCUUCAGCCCCACAUUCCCAUGAGCUUCGUUUGGCCAAAGGAGUUCGUCGUGGACGCGCACGACGAGCUCCAAGCGCCAUUGGUGGACCUCGAUGGGUUCCUCAGAGGCGACAAAGAGGCCACGCACCAUGCUUUUAAGCUCAUUUCCCAAGCUUGCUUGACACACGGGUUCUUCCAAGUGAUCAACCAUGGGGUUGAUCCACUCCUUAUCCGCGAGGCGUAUGAACAAAUGGAUGGUUUCUUUAAGCUUCCCAUUCAGAGGAAAGUUAGUGUUCUUAAGAGACCAGGUUCCAUGUGGGGUUAUUCUGGUGCCCAUGCUGACAGGUUCUCCUCUAAAUUGCCAUGGAAGGAGACCCUUUCUUUCCCAUUCCAUGAAAAUGCCUUAAAGCCUGCUGUUACUACCUUCUUUAAUUCCACCUUAGGGGAAGACUUUGAUCAAGCUGGAGUGACAUUCCAGAAGUAUUGUGAAGCAAUGAAGAAGCUGGGGAUGAAACUGAUGGAGUUACUGGCUAUAAGCAUGGGCGUUGAUCGAUCACAUUACGAGAACUUGUUCAAAGAUGGUUGCUCCAUCAUGAGAUGCAACUAUUACCCAUCAUGCCAGGAACCAAGUGUUGCAUUAGGGACAGGGCCGCAUUGUGACCCAACAACACUAACCAUUCUUCACCAAGAUCAAGUUGGAGGCCUUCAAGUGUUCACAGACCAAAAAUGGCACACGGUUCGACCUCAUCAUGACGCACUUGUUGUUAACAUUGGUGAUACCUUCACGGCACUAUCAAAUGGGAGAUACAAGAGUUGCCUGCACAGGGCAGUGGUUAACCAGCACAAAGAGAGGAGGUCCUUGGCAUUCUUUCUGUGCCCAAAAGAAGACAAAGUGUUGAGACCCCCAGAAGAUAUUGUGCAUAAGGAUGGGACAAAACCGUAUCCAGAUUUCACGUGGUCUAAUUUGCUUGAGUUCACACAAAAGUACUACAGAGCCGACGAAUCCACCCUGCAAAACUUCACCAAGUGGUUGCUAUCUUCUAAACCACAAACACCCAACAAAUAGGCCCUGUUUACAACAGCUUCUAUAUCUUUGCAUUAAAUUAGUGCUCCCUGUAUUUUUCCUAAACACCAAAACAUGAGCUUUUCAUGUUACUUAACCUAGUACG